AUGGAGCUGUUUGGUGACUACAAUAGAUAUUACCUACUGUGGUUACGUACAAAAGUUUUGCCCCCUUGUCAAGUACCGCCCAGGGCCUUGUUUUUUUGGCUAGGCCAACUUCGGCCAAAAUUCUACCGCAAUUUCCUCCAGACCAGUAUUUUCCACCUUUCAACACCACUUAGCCAGCCAGCCAGCACCACAAUGGCUCCCAAUCGCCACCUUACUACUGAAGAGCGUCAACGAAUUCGUACCCUUUAUUUCGACGGCCACCUUAGCCAACCCCGAAUUCAAGAAACCACUGGUUAUACGAAAUACCAAAUCCGCCAUGCGAUACGAGCCCCGGCGGCCGAGGUCGCCCCACGAUCUGGCCGACCACGCGUUAUUACGGCCGAUCAAGAGCUCGAGCUUAUUCGGUAUGUGUGUGAAUCAAAGGCACACCGUCGGAUGAGCUUCCUGGAGCUUUCUAUUGCCCUUUUCAACUCCCUUCUUAACUGGAUUACGAUUCGCAACGCCCUUUACCGCCACGGAUUUCGCCGUCGAGUUGCUCGGAAGAAGCCUCCUAUUUCAGAAGCCAACCAGCAAAAGCGACUGGCCUGGGCUAUAGAACAUAAAGACUGGACUCUCGAACAAUGGCGUACAAUCCUUUGGAGUGACGAAACCUGGGUAGUUGGUGGUCCUUACCGUAAGCAGUAUGUUACACGCCGAAUCGACGAGGAAUGGGACCCUACUUGUAUCGUUGAAAAGCACCAGAGAAAAGGAGGGUGGAUGUUCUGGGGCUGCUUUUACGGCUCAACUAAAGGCCCUGGUAUCUUCUGGGAAAAGGAAUGGGGAUCGAUCAAUGAGUAUUCUUACCGAAAGAAUAUCCUUCCUAACGUCUACGAAUUUAUUGACGAUACCUUCGAGCAACACCAUUUACAGCUUUCUUUUAUGCAGGACGGCGCACCUGGCCAUCGAGCGGCCGGUACGAAGAAGGAUCUUGAGAAUAGGAAGAUUAUAGUAGUUGAUUGGCCUCCUUUUUCCCCAGAUUUAAACCCUAUUGAAUCCUGUUGGAAUUGGAUGAAGGAUUAUAUUGAGGAUAAAUACGGCCUUGAGGAGAAGCCGUCGUACGCGAAGUUGAAGAGGUACGUGGAGGAGGCCUGGCAAGAGCUUCCGGAAUCUUACCUUCAAACGCUGUUGGAUUCGAUGCCCAGUCGGUGUGAGGCAGUAAUUGCAGCGAAUGGUAUGCAUACAAAAUACUAG